AUGGGAAGAUGCAACAUGUUUCCUUUGAGUUAUAUUUCAAGAAAAACAGAUAUCAGCAACAUAGACUGGUGCAGCUAUGUUUUGGACUAUCUUGUCAGAACAAAGAACUCAUACAUACCAUACUUAGAUAACAACUACUUUGUUGGACCUUCAACUUUCUUGGUGUUGUUCUAUGCUGAUAACAUCCACUCAGAAGCUUUAACGGUAACACGUAAACGUCCAACAAUUUGUUAUUGGAGUUCAGAGAAGAUUAGAAAUCGAGAGAGAUUUGAACAAGAAAAAUGUAGAUUUGGACUUGGAGAAUUAUAUGAAGAAUUUGUUAAUGAACAGGAUGAAGGAGAUACAAAUCUCGAAGACAGUGAUUCUGAUAAAGAUGAAGAUCAUUCUGUUGAGCCAUAUGAAUCAAAAUUAUCUAAAAUGCUUAAUAGUUUUGAGAGGAUGAAGAAAAAGCUGAAUUCAAAACUCAAUGAUGCGAUAACAAAGUUCCCUGAAAAAGAAAGUUUUAGGAUUUUCAAAGAAAAGAUGACAAAUAUAAUUAUUGAAGAAAAAACUGAAAGCACAACACUUUUUGAAUUUCCAAGUAAUGAAACUGGAGUUGAAGGAAUCAAUUUGACACCAAUAAUGGGUCAAAAACCAAAUGAUCAAAAAGAAAAUGAAGAUAUAGAGGGAAAUGGUGAAGAAUACAAUGGUAAUGAUGAAAGUCAACCGGAAGUAGAUUAUUUGCUUGAUUCAAAUGAAGCAGAGAAUGAAGGAAUAAAGAAUGAUGGAGAUAAGAAUCAAAAAGAAGGUGAAACUGAAGUAAAAGAGAAAGAUGCAAAGAACAAUAAAAAUGAUAAUGAUGAAGAGAAAAAAGAAGAUGAUGCUGAAGAAAUAAAUAAUCAUGAAGAGACUAUUCAACAAACUGAAAAUGAAAAUAUGUUAUUGUGGAUAAUGUCCUUGGAAUUGGAUUUUCAAGUUUAA